AUGGCACGCUAUUACAAAAGAAAGUCUACUCGAGGGCUUGUUUCACCAGCUUUGAUGCUUCGUGCUGCCAGAGAGGUGCAGAACUACGGUAAAUCUAUAAGGUCUGUCGCAAAAGAUUACGAAAUUAAUUACCGAACUUUAUCAAGAUAUUGUAAAAAAUUUACUUAUGAAGAAAUGAACAACAUCGCUAUAUUAUCGCCAUCUACUAAAGUAGGCUUUCAAAGAAAUCGACAGGUUUUUACUGACGAAAACGAAAAAGAAUUAGAAAAAUAUAUUCUUGUUGCCUCUACUAUAUAUUUCGGAUUGUCGCCCAAGGAUAUUCGGAAAAUAGCGUACGAGCUUGCUAUCGCAAAUAAACUAAAAAUUCCAAAGUCUUGGCAAACAAAAAAUCUAGCUGGACCCGAUUGGUUUACAUCAUUUAUGAAGAGACAUCCUAUUUUGUCAAUAAGAACACCUGAAGCUACUAGUUUGGCUCGAGCCACCAAUUUCAAUCUACAUAAUGUCACCAACUUUUUUGACAAACUGGAAUUAGUUAUUAAACGGCAUAGCUUUCAACCACAGGAUAUUUGGAACAUGGAUGAAACGGGGGUUACUACGGUGCAAAAACCGAACAAAAUUGUAGCUAGAAAAGGAUUAAAACAAAUUGGUGCUAUAACUUCAGCCGAACGAGGCACACUAGUCACCCUAGCUACUGCUGUUUCGGGAGUUGGUAAUGCAGUCCCACCAUUCUUCAUUUUUCCGCGGGUGCAUUUCAAGGAACAUUUUAUUAGAGAUGGGCCAAUCGGCUGUAAAGGCGGAAGUAAUCCGUCAGGUUGGAUGACAGAAGAGCUAUUUGUUGUUUUUUUGAAGCAUUUUCACAGCCACGUUAAAUCAACUAUAGAAAAACCAUGUCUCUUAUUGUUAGAUAAUCACAGCUCUCACCUAUCCAUUGAAGGCAUAAAUUUUGCAAAAAAAAAUGGCAUAGUUAUGCUUUCAUUUCCACCACAUUGUACCCAUCGGCUGCAACCUUUGGAUAGGUCUGUUUAUGGACCUCUUAAAAAAUACGUAAACAACGCAAUCGAUCAAUGGUUGGUAAAUCAUCCAGGGCAACACAUGACGAUAUACGACAUACCUGGAAUAAUUGCACAGGCUUUCCCAUUGGCAGCAACUUCUUCCAAUAUUCUCAUGGGGUUUAAAACUUGUGGAAUUUCGCCAUUUAAUAGAGAUAUUUUUCAAGAACACGACUUUAUGCCGUCAUCUGUCACGGAUAGGCCACUAAUUACAAAUAAUGAAGAUGACAUUUGUGAUCUUAAUAGCAACCAAUCACUUGAAGAUGUGAACACUGGCCCUAUUGAACUCGCGACCCCAAGUCCAAGUUUUCAAAUUGUAUCACCAUACGUUUUAAAACCUCUACCAAAAGCUCCCCCACGCAAGUCACAGCGAGUUCAUAAAAGGAAAUAUCAAUCUGCAAUUCUUACCGAUACACCGGAGAAGAUCAAUUUAGAAAAUACAAAGCCUUAA